GAAUCAUUCGUCAAAUUGUUGUUGCAUUCUGUGCACAGUUUUUAAAGUACGUAAAAAAGCAGCAAGAACAAAAGACGUAGAAAAUUUUGAGGAACACACAAAAAAUUUAAACAAUUUUAAUUUUAGACAAAUCAACCAACGAGCAGAAAGCUGAAAAUUAAUUCAAUUUGCAUACAAAGAAAACAUAUAAAACGGGGCAAAAGAAAAAGAAUCUACCGCAGCGUAGUUGAAGAAAUAUUACCGUGCAUUGCUGUUUUUGCAUCCCAAAAAAGAAAAAUUGUUCCCGACUUCUGUUGCAAUUGGAUUAUAGUGAAUUAGGCAUAAUUGUGCAGUUGCGAGUGUGCUAGCAAAAAAAUGUUUCAUAAUAAAUUUUUGACAUUGGCUGUGUUGCUGAGCGUUAGUAGCGCUUUGAUUUGUGCCGCCCAGAUCGAUGUUAAUUUGUCGGAUGCCAAGUUACCUGUUGAACAGCAUGAAGGCGUAGAACAGCCCAAGACAAUCGCUGCAGCAACUACAACUAGUAGUACAACGUCAACAACAACAACAACUACAACUACGCCACCGACGACAACAACAACAACAACAACACCAAGCACCACCACCACCACUGCAACAGCGGCACCACCAACAACAACUACCGCUGCACCAAACACCACCACUGUAGCACCAAUAACAACAACACCCGCACCAGCGCCAUUCCCAGCACCAGAUGUCGGCGUAUGGAAUUCCAGCUGUAUCAUCGUACACUUGGCUGCACAAUUGAACUUUACGUAUGAGACUAAAGACAAUAAAAACGCUUCCCGUUUAUACAACAUACCCGCGGAUGCCAAAGUUGAAGAUUCCAAUUGUGCUGAACUUUCGCAAACGAUACACCUUGCCUGGGGACCCGUUGAUGCCAUACACUCAAUGGUCUUACAAUUCGAUUUGGUUAACAAAUCGAGUGAAUUGAAACAGAUCUACAUCACUUUACCACUAACCAGUGAUCAUUUCCCCGACGCUAAGGAUAAUCAAACCAUUCAAUUGAUUCACCAAGGCGAUGAUUUCGUUACACCCGCUAAGAUGUCUUACCACUGCACACGCGCACAGAAAUUCAACUUGACCGAAAUUAUGCAGGAUAGCAAAAUAUUGGGCACCAUCACACUGAGCAAUGUACAAGCGGAGGCAUUCAUUACCGACAAUCGUAACACCUUCUCCACCGCUAUGGAUUGUGAUGGACCGAAAACCAUGGAUAUUGUGCCCAUUGCCGUUGGCAUUGCAAUGGCCGCACUCAUACUCAUUGUAUUGAUCUCUUAUUUGUGUGCGCGUCGUCGUUCCACAUCGCGUGGCUACAUGAGCUUCUAAGCUGGUAGCAGCGUGAUUUAAAGGCUGUUAUAGGUAGCGGCAGGCGCGUGAUGUAUUGUAGGUAGGCAGGGUGUGUAGUAAGCUGGUGUUAGUGACACAGUAAUUAUAUAAUGUAUUUAGGUCGUCAUGAUAUGUGUGUGUAGAGGGGGACGCAGUGCGAUUUUUUUUUUUUUUUUUUUUUUUUUUUUUUGUAUAAGCGGGUAUAAUACGAAAUAUUGUUUACAUUUGUAGAGAAAAAAGAAAUUUUUUUUUUGAGAGAGAAACAGUAAAAAGAUUGAAACGCCGAAUUUUGAUUUACAUUGUCACGCAGCAAAUCGAAGAGCAGGGGGAAAACAAACAAAAAAAAAAAACAAAAAACAAAACAAAAAACAAAACAUAAAACAAAAGCAGUCAAUAAAAAAUAUUGAAAAUAACACAUCUUUUAAGAUAUUCACCAAACAAAGAAAAAAAAUUUAGUACAUAAAAUUGUCCAAACAGUAAGCGAGCUAAAAAAAAUAAAUAAAAAAUAAGAAAAGAAAAAAUAAAAAAAUAAAAAGCACUGCGUUAGCAAUUUUAAUUCAAUAGACUUUUAAACGAACAUUACGUACAGUUACAGAUACAAUUAUAGUAAACGAAAACAGGGUGCAGUUACAAACAUACAUAUUUUAGGCAAAAACAAGAGUAAACACACAGUUGCUUACUUUAGUUUUUGCCAGCGCCAGCGCUAAAAUUUAGCUGUUCUAUUGUAUAAUUUCUCUUAAUUUUAUGUCUUUUCCAACGUAUUAUAAUUAUUAUUAUUUUUUUUUUUAUAGAUUAUUAUUCAAACGAUUUAGUGCGCAUACAUACAUAUAAACAUAUUUCUUAAUUAGAACCAUAUACAUACAUAUUAUAUAUAUUCGAAACGACACUCUACGUUCAGUUAGCUCGCAGUAUACACGCAAAAAUGUCAUUCUUCCCUCUUAACGCUACACAAAAAUAUAAAAAACACGUCAAAUAUUUUUCUUUAAACCUCAAAAAAAAAAAAAAACAAACUGUUAUAAAUGCAAAUACAACAGCAAAUAGGUGCAGGAAACUUAGUUUGUAAUUAGGAAACAUGUAAAAUUGGCCAACUACAAUCACAUUUUUUGCGUAAUUAUCCAUAUUUGUGCUAAAUACGCGUACACACAAUCAAUUUUAAUUUCAAAUAUUAUUUAAUUGGCUGAGUAUUAUGUGUAAUUUAAUUAUAAUUGAAGUACAAUUUUCUUUAUAUUCGAAAAAAAAACAAAAAAAAAAACAAAAAAAAAUUACAUACUAAAUCCAAAAUAAUAAAAAACGAGUUGCUUACAUUUUGCAUAUCGUGUAUACAAAAACAAUUUUUUUAACGCCUCUGUAAUGAAUAUGAAAUCUACACAUGGAAAUUAGUUUAAUGCAUACAUACAUACAAACAUACAUAUAUUAGGUAUUUGGCAUGUAAUUUGAUUAAAAAAUUUUUUAUUAUAAAAUUUAAACUUGGCCUUAAAUAAAGUGAGGUAACUGAAC